AUGACUACUUUAAAUCAUUCUUCAGCGAGUGAAUUUAUCCUUGAAGGGUCAACAAAAUGCCCAGAGCUUCAACUGCCACUCUUCCUCCUGUUCCUUGGAAUAUAUGUUGUCACAGUCGUGGGGAACCUGAGCGUGAUCUUAAUUGCUCUCCAUUCUCAGCUUCACUCUUCAAUGUACUGUUUUCUCAGCCAUUUGUCAUUCAUUGAUCUCUGCUACUCUUCUGUCAUUACUCCAAAGAUGCUGGUGAACAUUCUCUUUCCUUUAAUGCAUGACUCAGCUUUACUUCUUCCUUAUUUUUUUUUAAUAGCAGAAGGUUAUCUUCUCACUGUCAUGGCAUAUGAUCAUUAUGUUGCAAUCUGCAGCCCACUGCUUUACAAUAUUAUCAUGUCCCAUAGGGUCUGUUCCAUAAUGAUGGGUAUGGUAUAUUCACUGGGCUUGUUUGAGGCCACAGUUGACACUACCCACAUAUUAAUGUUGUCCUGUGAGUCUCGUAUCAGUCAUUAUUUUUGUGAUAUUUUUCCUUUGUUCAGUCUCUCUUGCUCUAGCACCCACAUUAAUGAGAUAGUGUUGUUUAUCAUCCGAGGAGCUUAUAUCUUGUCACCGAUACUGGCUGUACUCAUCUCUUGUACUUUCAUCCUCUCUAGCAUCCUCUGUACUCACUCCACCAAGGGAUGGUCCAAAGCCUUUGGCACUUGUAGCUCCCAUCUCAUGGCUGUGGUUAUCUUUUUAGGGUCUAUAACAUUCAUGUAUUUCAAGAGUCCUUCUAGCAAUACUAUGGAGCAGGAGAAAGUGUCCUUCGUGUUCUAUACCACCAUGAUCCCCAUGCUGAACCUCUUGAUCUACAACUUAAGGAACAAGGAUGUGAAGAAUGCACUGAGGAAGGUGCUUGGGGGAAAGUAG